UGGUGAUUAUUUGCUAAAAACUUUGAUAAUUGGGUUUUUGUCCCAAGUGCAAGAAAUAACAAUGUACUUUGGCCUUUUGUCUUAAUUUAAAAAUAACAAUAUACUUUGAUAGUUUUUGUUUAUGUUUGAUAAUUUAACUUAUAAGUUUAUAUAUGUUGUUAUUAAUUAUGCAGUUGGAAAAUCUUCGUGCAAUGCUCAACGACCCGACAUGUAGGGAUGAGCUUUACUCGUUUUUUCAAUCCCAAAAUAAUCGAUGAAACGAUGGAAAUAAAGAUGAUGGUAUGUAGAGAUGAGUUUUAUUUGCAUAUUACACUUGUUGUCAUGUUUUGCUACUUGUUAGAUUGUAAAAUUUUUGGUUGUUUUCUGUAAUUACCGGCGGCAUUAGAAAGGGACCAAAAAAAUAUCGUUUGAAAACUUGUAGGGAAUGGAAGUUAGAAAGGGACCAAAAAAAAAGCCAUUUUAAUUUUUUUUUAUAAUGAUAUUCUCAUGUUUGCUUAGGUCGCAAAAAGAAGUUUGACAUGGACCAACAUGUGGACAUUCUCUCAAGUGUCAACCGAAAAAUAAGCUGACGUGGAGAUUUUCUUUAAAAAAUUAAUCCGCUCUUCUCUCACAAGUCACAACCACCAUGAAAACCCCUCCUGCCGCCUUCAUCCUCGAAAAAGGAUUCUUGUUUUAGAGGCGCUCUAAGAACGGCUUCUGGGAGGUAUGUCGAGUAAAUAACCGGCUACGUGAUCCAGAACGUUUUCUGUUACUGCUUUCGUCGCUUCCUGCUGCCAGAAGCCCUAGGCGUUCCGAUGUCAAUAUCGCCUGAGGAAAACGGAGGAAUUUGCCAAGACAAGGAAUAUGAUCACUAUAAACAAGAAUCGUGGUGAAUCUAGCAGGACGAAGUUAAAGACUUUUGACAACAGUGGUGAAGCACGUUGGUCAAAUCUUAACGAUGAUGUGCUUUUUUUAGUAAUGAUGCAACUGGGACUUAUCGACUUUCUUGCAUUUAGUGGAGUUUGCAAAACAUGGAGGUCAUUUGCACGCACCAACAGAAACAAAUUUAUGGCGUCUAAACCACCCAUGUUUUUACAUAUAUCUCCCUCUGGUAACAGGGAAGAAUAUUACUGCUGCCUAGUGGACUUUAAAUUCAGGGAAUUUAAAACCAUCCUUCCCCAUUAUUUUGGCAGAUUCUGUGUUGGAUUAACCUGUGGUUACCUGAUCUUAUUUGGGAAGGAAACCCACGACUUCUGGCUUGUGAAUCCUAUCACAAGGUAUCAAUUUUACUUCCCUGCUGUCCAUUUUCUAGGAAGUAUUAGAGAUCUAACAGUUAUCAGGGCUAUCCUCGUCUUUUCACCUACAAUAUCUGGGUGGGUGUUGGUAGUGUCACAUAGAUUUGCCGAUACAAUAUGGUUUUCUGUAGUGGGUACACGAGCAUGGAAUCAUGUCUCCUCCACUAUCCCCAUCAUUGAUUUGCAUGCUUUCAAGGGGAAGAUAUACACCUUACACACCAAUUGUUGUUCAUUUCAAUUGAGACUCAUUCCAGAGCCCAAAUGGACAUUACUCAAAACCAAGGAUAUUUUGAAGACAUAUGGUUUGCAUCUGGAAUUUCUAACAUCAGGUGAAAACCUUUAUGUGACGAAUCGCUUGUCAAAAUGUUUAUACAAGCUUCAGGAACUAGAUUUUGGCGAAAUGAAAUGGGUGUUACAAGAAAAGGCGGCGAUGGGAGACUAUGCGAUCUUUCUUAGCUUCUUGAAACAUAGUGCUCUUAUUAAACCAGAGCUUGGGUCACAAUGGUCAAAAUACAAAAGACAUGCCGACUUCGUUGACACUUCUGAUAAACGUCAAAAACCCAGGUUCUUUAUUGCAGCGACAUGGUACUUCCCCCAUGAUUGUUUGACUGUUAAUCACAUAUAUGAAUGAUGACCUCUUAGCACUCUUAUCUUGUUUUUGUAGACUAUGGUAGUUGAUCAAAAUUGUCAUAUAUUAGAACAAUUUCAAAACGUUGGCAACCACCAUUGAUGGAUUUGCACCCUGCAGUUUAUUUUUUAAACAGUUUGGUUCUUGCUCAA